AUGAGAACCUUUGAAAGUGAGAAAAUUACACGUACGGCAUUAAAACACCUAAAAAACUAAAAAUUAUAUGAAAUAUUCUUGCUCAAAGAGAGGGUGGCUCUAUUAUAAAAAGAAUCAGAAACCAUAUAGCAAAGAGCGAAUCCAUUUAAGUCUAAACUACUAAAAAAUGUAGAGGAAUCAAAAAGGCUCUAUGAAGAUAUAAAAUAGAAAGUAUUUUUACUCAUUAUAAGGAAUAAGAAUAUAAAUAAUUCAUUUAAAGUGAAAAGGAAAAAGAAUAUAAUGAGAAAAGAUAGAAAAAGGAAAUGAUUCAGUGUUUUUCAAAUGAAGCAUUAAAGUUCGCUCGAGAGCAUGCCUAAAUGGAGAAGAAAGAAUAAGCCUUUAAAAUAAAAUAUAUUCAUCAACAAGAUAAACUAAAAAUAAAAAUGAAUAAGGAUUAGCAAAUUCAUGAAAAAUAAAUAAAUAGGUAUUUCAAAAGUUUAAUAUAAAUAGAUUAUAAGUGAUAAACUUGGAAAAACAAGGUUAGAAGAAAAUUAAAGAAUAUUAGUAAAAUAGGUAAUAAACAUUUUAGAAUAUAAAUUACAUUGAAAAGUCUUUAAUAUAAUAAGAAUUAGAUAGUAAAGAUCAAGAACUAAAAGCUCUUGAAGAAUUAGAAAUGAGAUAUCUACAAAAAUUGUAAUAAAGCAAAUCUUAAUAGCUCUAAUUUAAAAAUUAAAUCAAGGAUGCUAUGGAACUUAAAAUUGAGGAUUAUAAAAAGAAAUACCCAAAAAUAGGGAAAUGAGGAUGAAAC